AUGUCUCGAGCAAAAGGAGGACGAGGGUCCUCCAACCAUACAGUCCCAGUCGAUGAUGGGACUGUUAGAAUAAAUGGGCUAAUUCUACCGGCUGAUAUGUCUGAUGAAUUGAAAGAUUUGAAUCUGCAACUCGAAGGAGUUCAACAAGAUUCAUUGGAAUCCACUCGUCGUAUGCUUGCGCUAUGUGAAGAGAGUAAGGAAGCCGGAAUCAAAACUCUUGUAAUGUUGGAUGAUCAAGGAGAACAAUUGGAACGAUGUGAGGGUGCUCUCGAUACAAUUAAUCAAGACAUGAAAGAAGCUGAGGAGCAUCUUAAGGGUAUGGAAAAAUGUUGUGGAUUGUGUGUUUUACCCUGGAACAGAGCGGACGAUUUCGAGAAGAACUCCGAGUAUGCCAAAGCCUGGAAGAAAGAUGACGAUGGUGGUGUAAUUUCCGAUCAACCCAGGAUCACUGUAGGAGAUGCAGCUAUGGGACCUCAAGGCGGAUAUAUUACAAGAAUAACUAAUGAUGCCCGAGAAGACGAAAUGGAUGAAAAUGUUCAACAAGUUUCCACAAUGGUUGGUAACUUACGUAAUAUGGCGAUUGAUAUGUCAACAGAGGUUUCUAACCAAAACAGACAACUUGAUCGCAUUGCUGAUAAGGCACAAUCUAAUGAAGUACGUGUUGAAUCUGCUAAUAAGCGAGCCAAUAAACUUCUUACGAAAUAA